UACAGGGUUGAAAAGUACCGUCCAUCUACCUUAGACGAGGUGUACGGCCAAGAAGAGAUUGUCCAGACAGUUAAGAAAUUUGCCCAUGAAAACAGAUUGCCCCAUUUGCUAUUCUAUGGACCUCCUGGUACUGGGAAAACUUCUACUAUCAUAGCGUUGGCGCGCGAGAUCUACGGCACCAACUACAAGAACAUGGUUCUUGAGCUCAAUGCAUCGGACGACAGAGGUAUUGACGUAGUUAGAAACCAGAUCAAGAACUUUGCCUCCACCAUGCAGAUUUUUUCCAGAGGUUUCAAGUUGAUUAUCUUGGAUGAAGCCGAUGCCAUGACAGCUGUGGCCCAAAACUCGUUGAGAAGAAUCAUCGAGAAGUAUACCAAAAACACCCGUUUCUGCAUUCUUGCCAAUUAUGCUCACAAACUCAAUCCGGCAUUGCUUUCUAGAUGUACGCGUUUCCGCUUCCAUCCCAUCUCUGAGGAUGCCAUUAAAGAUAGAAUCCAGAACGUCAUCAUCAAAGAAAGUUUGAAAAUCGAUCCUCCGGCUGAGGCCGCAUUGCUUAAGCUUUCGAAGGGAGACAUGAGGAGAGCAUUGAAUGUUUUACAAGCGUGCAAGUCAGCCGUGGACUCUGCCGAUGAAGAGAUUACUGAAGAUAUGAUCUAUGAAUGCGUAGGCGCACCACAUCCGAAAGAUAUAGAAGUAGUUCUAGACUCCAUUUUGAAGGACGACUGGACUACGGCUUACAUAACCAUUAACAAGUACAAAACCACUAAAGGUUUGGCACUCAUAGACUUGAUUUCAGGCUUCAUCGAAAUCUUGAAUCAAUACAAGUUGCAGGGCAAGACAAGAAUCGAAAUUUUCAAGGGUCUAAGCGAGAUAGAGUACGGAAUAUCCAGAGGAGGAAACGAUAAGAUCCAGAGCAGUGCUAUCAUCGGAGUGAUAAAGGAUGCGUUGGAAUACGAAGCAGUAGCUUAG